AUGCCAAAGCUCGAAACUCACAAUGGCUAUCCGCUAUGGCGGUACCUCCCCUCACUGCCGGCCGCAAUCGUCUUUGUCGUCAUAUUCGGCAUCUUGACUAUUGGCCAUGCCUGGAAAAUGUUCCGGCACCGCAUGUGGUUCUGCAUCCCCUUUGUUGUGGGGGGUAUCUUUGAAAUCAUUGGUUACGCAGCCAGAGCUGUUGCAUACAACAACACGGGCGAGCUUAUGCCUUAUGUCCUCCAAUCGGCUCUUUUGCUCCUGGCUCCUAUCUUGUUCGCUGCUUCGCUGUACAUGACCCUCGCCAGAGUUGUACGAGCUGUCAAGGGUGCACCGUUUUCGAUUAUUGCACCCCGAUGGCUCACUCGCAUUUUCGUCUUUGGCGACAUCUUCAGCUUUAUCGUCCAGGCUAGCGGUGCCGGUCUGCGUGUUCAGGCUGGUAACAACUCCGACAUUGAUCCCAACCUCGGCUCGAACAUCAUCGUCGGCGGCCUCAUCUUCCAAAUUGUGAUCUUUGGUGUCUUUAUCGUCACUGCACUGAUCUUCAACUCGAGAUUCCGAAGACACGUCGCAGGGGGUGCUAUGGUAUAUGACGUCCCGUGGCAAGAGAGUCUCAACAUGCUCUACGUCACAUCCAUGAUGAUCAUGGUGCGAAACAUCUUCCGAGUGGUCGAGUACGGUAUGGGAAGCGACGGAUAUCUCUUGAGCGUGGAAUGGGGAGUCUAUGUAUUCGACGCGGCAUUGAUGACUCUUACAAUGGCGUGGUUUUUCUGGCGGUACCCGAGCCAGCUCAAGCAGGCUAUCAAGGCAAAUUCAGAGGAGGUGGAGCUAGAGUCUGGAAGGUGA